AAGAGUUUUUACGCAGUAUAUACCAAAUACUCUGAAAAGCUCUUCCACAAAGAAAAAAACUCUUUCAAAAUAUAAAUCCAAACAUGAAUUAGAAAGCUCAAACUUUUACUCUCUUCUUCUUAUGUCUAAAAGUAAAAGUAAAAGUUAUGGCAAACAAGUAUACAUAAAGCUUCUCUUUUAUUUAUAUGUUGGGUAUUGUGAUUAAUGAUUAGUGUCGGAUAAACUAUAUUACAAAAUGACAUUACAAUAAUUUAUUCUUUAAGUAAUGAAAUUAAAAGAGCUAUGUAUUAAUUUUUUUUAACAAUUUGGACUGGUCUUUUAUUUAUAUAUAUUCUCUAUAUAUUUAAGUGUGAAAAACUCCUUUUUGAUUAAUUAUAUCACAAGUAUGAAUGUGAAUAUGUUUACAUGAUAGUAAAUCAUAAUAUGUAUAUUUAUAUGUUAUGUGUUAAUGGGAAAAAAAAUACACCCAAGUAGGGCACUUUAAACUAGCUAAUUUUGAAAAAUAUAGAGAAGAAUUGUAAAAAUGAGCUAAAUUUAAACUAAAAAUGAGCACUUUAAAUGAGCUAAAGUUUAGAGAAGAAUUGUAAGAAUUGUAAAAAUAUAUUUUAAACUAGCUUUCAAUGGGUGAGCUAAAUUUGAGUUAUUUUUCACAUUUUUUACUUUAAUGAAUAGUAUUACUCUACAUGUAACUAUUCAUUGAAUUAAAAUUAUUUUAUUAUUAUUUAUUUCAUUUUCUUUCUAUAUUAGUUAUAUUUUAUUUUAUUUUGUUUCUUUCUCUUUCCUAUUUUAGUAUAUUAAUGAAUAAAAAAAAUAAUAUUUAAAUGAAGUAGAGAAUAAAUAGAGAAGGUGAUGUAUGAUGCAAUGUAAAUGUUUGAUGUAAAAUAUAUAUAAAAAGUAAGAUUUUGGUGAUGUAUUUGAAAAGGGAAAUUUGAACUUUUAUGCUUAAUGUGGGGUAUUAAGUCAAAAAUAUACUAGGCUCUUUGAUCAUUUCAAAAUAAUGCCAAAAGUUUUGACAGUACCCAAAAUGCCAUUGCCACAAUUCCUCUAAACUCUUCUCUUCCCUCUUUUUGUUUCCUCCUCUCUCUCUCUCUCUCUCUUGGUUCACUCUCUCUCACUCACCUCACCUCAUAACACCACUAAGAGCACCACGGGUAGAGAUUCGAGCACUACCAGUCGAGCACUACCAGUCGAGCUCCUCCCUAAGAGGAAGUCAUUUGUAGAAAUCAAGACCAAAGUAAAUUUCGAGAAAUCUUGGAGUAAAAACUUAUGGGCUCGAUGGCACAUCAUUUUUUAUGGUUACAUGCAUGCUCGAUGGUUAUUCGAUGCCUGCUCGAUGAUGGCUCGAUGGUCAUGUUCAUUCUCACGAUUCAUACAUUCUUGAUUGUUACUCGAUGACUGCUCGAGGUAAGCUCGAUGGCAGUGUGAUUUUGCAUGUUUUCAUACAUGCUCGAUUGUUACUUGAUGCCUGCUCGAUAUAAGCUCGAUGGUAGUGUGAUUUUGCAUAUUUUCAUGCAUGCUCGAUGUUUACUCGAUGCAGGCUCGAUGGUGUGCAUUUUCAUUUUGUUUUUUGGUGUGCUCGAUGGGUAUUGUUUCUUGCUUGAUGGUUGUCGAGGCAUACUCAAUGGCAUCCUCGACGCAUGAUUGUUGAUUUUUUUUUUCUAGUUUUUCAACUAAUUGUAUUUGUGUUUUUUUUUAUUCCAGGUUCUACUGUUUACUUAUUUGUUUCUUACAACAAUGUUUGGAAAACCGAUGGUAGGAAAUGGUAUUUUAAGGAUAUUGAAGGUGAAGUGAUUUCAAUAGAGAAUGAUGUCACUUACUUGCAACUACUUGACAUACUGCACGAGACAUUUCAGGUGGAUAGAGAGGUGUAUGAAUUGAAACUCGAGGCGUCGUACGUAUGCGGCGACCAACCAUUUGCAUCGGUUCAAUUGAUGAAUGAUCGUCAAGUUCGUGUAUUCUUAGGAAUAAGCUUGAAAGAACGGAUAGUCUUAUGUGUGACUUCAGUUGAGAAGAAUGUCAUAUCAGAUCCUUCUCCUAGUGUGAACAAAAAAGACACGACCAAUGUCGAUCCAUCUCUUGCAGGUAGCAGUUACAAGCAUCUUAGUGAGGUGCGCACUUUUGUUCUAGUUACUGAUUCGAUGGCUACUGUUCAGCUUGAUAUACCACAUGGAGGUCCCACAGGUGGGCUUGAGGCAUAUGAAUAAGAUCCCUAUGUGAAUGAUGAUCCAAUUGGUAAUUGCUUUGAAGAUAAUGAUGAUGAUUUCGAGGAUGACUUGUAUUAUAGUGCAGAUGUUUCAAAUGAAGAGUUAGACAUUUCCCAAGCCCAACAAGUAGAAGAACAGUCAGGACUGCCUCUUGCAUAAGCACACCUCCCAACUCAAAGACGCCGAACACCUGCCAGAAGCACUAAUCGUCCUGCUAGGACAGAAGAUAACACUAGGUGGAGGGAGACAAUUGUAUCAAGAGAAGAUCAUACCAGAUGGAGUGCCCCAAUGUUUACAAAAGAAGAUAUUGAGACAUCUGCUAAAACCCAUUCCUCACCAUCUGGUGCACCAAUGAGAGAAAUAUAUGUUGGGAAGAUUUUUGAGGACAAGAUUGAUUUAAAAACCAAAGUCGCUCUAUUUACAAUGAAGAAUAACUUUGAGUAUAUGGUGAAAAAGUCUGCAACUGAUGUGUGGUAUAUCACAUGCAAAGAUCUUAACUGUUGUUGAAAAAACUACCAAUGUCCCCCCAAGUUUGAGAACAUGGUGUACAAGAACGUACACACAUGCUCACUAGAAGUGCGACAAAAAAGUCAUCGUCAAGCUGCACUGUGGGUCGUUGGGCACCUCAUAAAGAACAAAUACACAGUUGAUGGGACCAGCUACAUGGCAAACAACAUAAAGGAGGAUAUGAAGAAAAUUUUCGGUAUUGAUACGAGUUAUGAAAAUGCAUGGAGAUGUAGAGAGAAGGCACUUACAUAUGUUAGGGGGACAUAUGAAGAUUCGUAUUGUAAGUUGUCAUCCUACUUGCACAUGUUGCAGCAAAAGAAUCCAGGUACAAUUACUGAUUUUGUCACUGAAGAUGGUCGUUUCCUAUAUUGCUUCGUUUCCCUUGGAUUUUGUAGGAGGGGAUUCAGAUUUUUUCGUCCUGUGAUAUGUGUGGAUGACACGUUCUUGAAAAACAAGCAUGGUGGCCAUAUGUUAUGUGUUGUUGCUUUGGAUGCGAAUAAUCAUUUAUAUACAAUUGCAUUCAGGUUGGUGGGUAAUGAGAACCACAACUCGUGGAAAUAUUUCAUAACGAAGUUGAAGGAAGCCAUUGGAGACAUUGAUGACCUAGCUUUCAUGUUAGAUAGGCCCGCUAGCAUUAUUCAUGCUCUAGAGGUUGUAUUUCCCGAUGCUUACCACGACGCAUGCUACCAUCACAUCAAUAUGAAUGUGAAAGCUAGGUUCAAGACUGAUCACUCUCACAAUGAGAUGUGGGCAGCAACCUAUGUAUGGAAGAAGACCGAAUGUCUAAAGCAUUUUGAAAAUAUUAAGCGAAUGGAUCCUCCCAUAACUGUCUAUCUGGAGGGAAUUGGUUUCGAUAAGUAGUCUCAUCCUUUCUUUCCCGGGAAACAAUACAAUAUAAUGACAAGCAACUACGCUGAAAACUUCAACAACAAGACCAAGGAUGCAAGAACCUUUCCAAUUACAAUUUGUUGGAAUUCAUUCGGUUCACACUACAGUAACGAUGUAGUGUGAUAGAGAAGACUACCACCAAAUUAUCCACCCUGAUGGAGGCAAAUGUAUUGAACAAUGCUGACAAAGGAAGGUUCAUGAAUGUCUAUGCCCUUGGCCAAUUCGAGUUUCAUGUAACUGGUGCAGACGGUGAUGUUGAGGUGAAUUUGAUGACGAAAUCAUGCUCAUGUGGGGUAUUCCAGAUCAUAGGCAUACCUUGUCCCCAUGCAGCUGCAACAGCUAUAGAGCAUGGGGUGAACCUUCACUCUUUGUGUUCACCGUUUUACACCAUUGAGUCAUGGAGGAAUUCGUACAACGAAGCCAUUUACCUAACUGGGAACGAGGAUGAUUGGAUACUUCCAUAUUAAAUUAAGAAUAUGGUAGUUGGUGUACCCAUAGAGAAACAAUAAGUUGGUCGUCCAAAGAAGCCAAAGCUAGGAAGACCAAGGACAAACUGUUGGGGGGGGGGGGGGAAGAUAUGAAAAUGUGUAAGUGCAGUAGAUGCGGUGGUCGUGGCCACAACAAGUCCUCAUGCAAAGCUCGACUCUGAGUAUAAUUUUUUCUAUAUUUUAUUUAAACUGGAUUGGUCAGGUUAUUUUUUCUGUAUUUUAUUUAAAUUGUAUUUAGUGUUAGUCAGCUAUUCGAUGCUUGCUCGAUGGCCACCAAUGCAUGUUCGAUGACUGUCCAUGUGUAUUUCUUGAUGCCUAGUAAUUUUGUUACUAGCUAAAUUAAUGAAUAAAACUCGAUGCAC